AUGACCCAAAACGUGAAUGAUGUACUGGACGAGAUCAAAGCAAAGAAGAUGCUGGGAAGACAACUGUUUGAGAGUAUUGGAAGUCCAACGAAAAUCGUGGCACCAAUGGUUGAUCAGUCUGAGUUAGCAUGGAGGAUUUUAUCGAGAAGAUAUGGAGCAACACUCGCUUACACACCGAUGUUCCACGCCAAGUUAUUUGCUACAUCUGAAAAGUACAGGCGCGAUAUGUGGUGUGAAAUCGAUGGUAAUCCCGAAAUUGAUCGCCCUCUUGUCGUUCAGUUCUGUGCGAACGACCCUGAGUAUCUGUUGCAGGCUGCAAGACUGGUUCAAGACAAGUGCGAUGCGGUCGAUCUAAACCUUGGUUGUCCACAAGGUAUCGCUAGGAAAGGUCGCUACGGCUCAUUUUUGAUGGAGGAUUGGGAUCUAAUUCAUAAAUUAAUCAGGCAGCUACAUGACAAUCUUGAUAUUCCAGUUACUGCAAAGAUACGGGUCUUUCCUGAACGUGAAAAGACGCUAGAGUAUGCGAAGAUGGUGCUAGACGCUGGAGCUCAAUUCUUGACCGUCCAUGGAAGACUAAGGGAGCAAAAGGGCCAAAAGACUGGGCUCGCAGACUGGGAAAUUGUGAAGUACCUAAGGGAAAACCUCCCAGUAGAUACUGUUUUCUUUGGCAACGGUAACAUUUUAUAUCCAGAAGAUAUUUCUCGAGGUAUAAAGCACAUUAAAUGUGACGCUAUAAUGAGUGCCGAAGGAAAUCUCUACAACCCUGGGAUCUUCAAUACCCAUGAGUCAGAACAAAAGGAUGAUGCAUUCCCCCGAGUGGAUCACGUCGCCAGGGAGUAUUUUGAGAUUGUCCGCAAGUAUAAGGAAUCCCAGGCGUCUCGUAUUGCCAUGAAAUCACACAUGUUCAAGAUCCUACGGCCUUUACUACCACACCACACUGAUAUAAGAGCCGCAUUGGCAUCACUUAAUGCAAAAACACCUUUUGAAGAGUGGGAAGAGAAGGUUAUCAAGGCCGUCGAGUCAGUGGUAGAAGCUAUAUUUGCGCAGGAAAAUAUCCAAGAACUGGAUCAAGUUGUCAAAGGUGCAGUUGAGCUAUGGGGUGGUUUCUACGUCACAGUGCCAUACUGGAGGUGUCAGCCGUACUUCAGACCAGUGAAUGGUGUAACUGCAGACAAGAGACUCACUGAGGGCCUGAAGGCCCAAAGCGAAUCUGAAAGUAAUGACAACAAGAGAAAGGCAGAAUCUGCUUUACAGAGAGGUAAUGAGAAAGAGGUCAAAGUAUGA